UUUCAUAGUAGCAGGGAGUACGAGUAGGAGUCGGAGUUCACACAUACUUGGUUAUCCCAGUUGACUUAAGAAACAUGUAUAGCACAACACUCCCACAAUCUUACUGUAACAGGCAUUCUUUCUGAGCCCUGUCUGUGGGCCCCAGCAUGUGAGCAGCUAGAGCAGUCCUGUGAAGGGGUCAGUUCAGUGGAGUGCCCCCUAAUCUCUACACUGUGACUCUCACAUGAUGCCGCUCCUGCUGCUACCCUUCCCGGCCUCAGGCCACUGCAGGCGCUGCUCCACCCUCUCCGCCUUCAGUUCAUCCACUUUCUUUUCUUCCCAUUCACCCUGUUCUCUGUGUUCUUCUUGUUCUCUCGUUGACUUGUUGUGGUGAGGAGAAGAGAGACGAGGCUACACAAAUCUCUUCUCCCGGACAUCUGGGAGCAUGAGGCGGUUUCAGCAGCUGAGGAAGUUUCCUUUCCCCUGGUCACAGAGAGCCAACGCGCAAGAUGAAGAAACCAGCUUACUUAUACCAAAGGGGGAAACAGAGGAAGCACCGGCGUCAGGUGCCUCUGUAUACCAGGGGACUGAAACAAAGCCAGCCUCACAAGAGCCGGACAGGCCCAGCGAAGGCGAGAAGACGUCGGCGGCAGCCCCUUCCGCCCAACCCCGCGCUCCCGACAGCCUCGCCGACUACAUCCUCAAGUUCAUCCUGCUGAUCUGCAACCUUGUGUUCACAGCAAUUGGCCUGGCCCUGUUGGGUCUGGGUCUGUGGGGGUUGAUCAACAAGGAGUCCUUCGCCCAGGAGAGGAUUGGCCAGCUCGGCACGGACCCCAUGCUGGUGUUUGUGAUGCUCGGGCUUCUGCUGUCCCUGCUGUGCCUGACGGGCUGUGUGGGCGCGCUGCGCGAGAACUACUGCCUGCUGCGCAUCUUCUCGGCCAUGGUGCUCACCAUGGUGGCGGCCCAGGUGCUGGCAGCCAUCCUUGCCUACAGCCUGCAGGACAGGAUUGUGGGCGUGCUGCGCUCCGGCCUGCUGACGGCCAUGGUCCGCUACCAGGACGACCUGGACAUGAGGUUCAUCACCGACGAGAUCCAGACGGGCCUGCAGUGCUGUGGGGCUGACAACUACAGGGACUGGGAGAUCAACAUGUACUAUAAUUGCUCAGCCCCGGGCAUACAGGCGUGUGGGGUCCCUGCCUCCUGCUGCCUGGACCCGCUGGAGAAUGGCACCGUGUGGAACUCGCAGUGCGGUUCUAAAGCCCUGGAGUUGGGCGAGUUCACAGCCCAGAGUGUCAUCUUCUUGGGGGGCUGCCUGGGGUCCAUGGCCCGGUGGAUCGAGCAGCACAACGGACUCAUCGGGACCGUGGCUGUCGUGUUGCUCGUCGUCCAGAUUCUUGUUCUGUUCCUCACCACAAGGCUGAUGGAUAAGAUACAGUGGCACAGGGCAGUGAGUCGACACAACACACAAGCAUCCAGGACAUGAGGGCUGAGCCUGAAGUGCAACACGGACACCUACAGUCACUGGGCACAAGCACACACACACACACACACAUGCUAAACAGUCCUGCCGCAAUUCUCUCACAGGAUACAGCUGGGAUGUUAAAUUGGCAAACUGCUGCAGUGUAUAUAAUUCAUUUGUCAAAAUUCUCCCCCUCAGUAUUUGUUUGUCACUGUGAUUUAUUCUCAUUAAAGGACAAUUUGUUCUUUUGCCAUGUUUCUGAGGAUUGUGUUGUUGUGAAGUU